GCGGGAGCAGUUGGUGGGGAGGACAUUUCAGGCCGCGCUUUUCCCCAUCUACCACCUCCCCUCUCCCCCUCGCCCUGCCGCCGGGCCGCCGCCCACGGUUCUGGCGAAAGUAGCCGGCGGGAUCACGCCGAAAGGCCGCCACAUGCACGAGGUUGCCCUCCGCCCCCCCCCCCUCCUGCGUCGGCGGGCUGAAAAGUUGCAGAUCUGCGGCCCUUCGUCGUGGGCGGCCGGAUUGGGCUUUUUCGUCCGCCGGUGGCUGCGCCAAGCGAGGGAAUGGUCGGGGAGCACCUCGCGCAGCCCCUGCAAAGUCCCAUCGCCGCAUGCAGGUACGGGUUCGUCCUGUCGCCGGCGCCGACGGUUUGCCGGCAUAGAUUCGGCGGCCGUCUGCCGGGCUCGGCGCUCGCGCAGUGGCUCUGCGGCUCGUCGAUGCCGCUCAUACAGUGCGACGACUGUACGCGAACAGUGCUGCGGCUAACUUCGGGCAUGCCGAAGCACCCAGGAUGGGUGUUCUUCAAAUGCGAAAACGACGGGGAAGAUGGAUGCUCAUUUUGGUUUUGGGAAGACGAAUACAUUAAUUUAUUGAUAGAAAGAAACUUAAUAAACGUUCGUGCAUUCCUUAGUAGAAUCAAAGGUAAUGAAGCGGCUGCAUCUGCAACUAGAGGGAAAACAACGUCUACUUCUUUAUAACCAAAGAAGAAGAAUGAAGAAUGCAAAAUCAAGAAUCCGCAGAUCAACAAGGAAUGCAUGGAGAAGAUAUUGGUCCAACUAGUGG